AUGCUUCAGGCCUGUGGUGUGGAGAAGUUUCAUGUGCCAGUAGAGCGUGUUGCGGUUGCGCGACUGAAGGACUGCCCUGAGGACUUCAUCGUUGCGGAGGUAGACCCCGCGGGCGAGGCAACAGAUGCCCAAACAUACAAGCUUCCCAUACCGCGGACACCAACGAAUAGUUGUGGCGAAGUUGGCAGUGUCCAAACCGUCUUGUCCACGGCGACUGAACUGAACCGAGGGCAAUGCGGCGGCAGCGCGGGCGACUCCGAAAAGCAUAUCAAUGUAGCGCUCCCAAUGGAUGAUUCCUUGAAUGAGUCUCUGUUGGAAACCCUUCUGGAGGUGUUUGGUAGUAAGAGGGAAGCUGUUGCGCAGUAUUCUUCCUGUGCCGCGGCUAGGAACCUCUUGUUUCCAACCAAAGAGCAUGACAUCGGCGUGUUUAACGAGAGGGCUGAGCGAGAGCAGCUGCAUCGUGCUAUGAAGGUAUCGGUACCCCACUUACGUAGUGAGACCCGUCGUCACAGGGAAGCAACAGCUGGUCCUGUAAACAUUGCUUUGGAUGGUGACAGUGCUCAUAUUUGUAGAGAUGGCGAUGGUGGUGCGAUUGAUUAUCACAUCAUUGUUAGCUACGAUUGUGAGUUUCUUCUUCUUUCGCAUCUUCUCGGGGAGUCGGUAGCUGACGCGUUGGUGGCAUGGAACGCAUCAGUUCCCCAGGGGCCGCCGCUUCAUCUAACUGCUAAAUUCCCUGUGACUGCAUCAAAGGAGGUGCGACGCUCCUUCCACGAGGUGAUGUCGAAGCGGUACCCCCGGAUCACAUGCCGCGUUUCGAAUGGGCAGGUGGUCAUCAGGGGUUCGUCAAGUGGGUUUGGAAAGCGGCAGCGUGUUGACGGGAACAGGGAAACAGUUGGUUUCACUCACCUUCUCAUCCGCAAACGCAAUUUGGAUAUAAUGGAGCUGCGUAUGUUAUUGGCGGAGCACUUCUGCGUUCCUAUUGAUGCCGUUUGCACGGCAGGGAUGAAGGAUAAGUGUGCAGUGACGUACCAGCGCUGUUCGGUUCCCUGCACCCGGCAGCUCCGGCACCCUCGCGAAGAGGAAAGUGGAAUAGAUGGUGACGUUCCAUUGCGUUUGACGUGGACGGACGAUUUGUCAAGCUACGUGGAGAUUUUGCAGACUUCUGGACCGCACUCCGCACCUGUUGGAAUUGGUGAGCUCAAAGGGAACAUGUUCCACAUCCGGCUGCGUGAUGUUCGUGGUAUUACCCCUUCCGAGUUGAUGCAGAGGUCCUGCCGACUGGAGAAAGAGGGAUUUCUGAACUACUUUGGUCAGCAGCGUUUCAGUGAACAUGCUGAGUGUUUCAUGGACCACAUUGGUGUUCAUAUAUUAGGAGGUAGGUGGCCAGAAGCUGUGCGAUGCCUUCUUCGUGGGGCCCCCGAGUUGUACGACUUAUUUCCAACCCAUAUGGAACCACGUUACGUUCCCGCGAGGUUGCGUGAUGCACGUUGCAUUGUACAGGCACUCAACCGCCUUCACCGCACGCGUUAUACAACGCUAACCCGAGCGGACGUAACGGAAUGCACCCAGCUCUGGAGGGAUGUGUGCCGCGAUGCGCUACAGGCGGUGCCGUAUGCUUUCCGUGUAUUGUGGCUGUGCGGUGCGCAGAGUCUCAUCUUCAACCGCCUACUUUCCAUGUUACACGGCCCACAGUUGCCUGUGACUUUGCCGCUUUUGGGUUACAACGUAUCGGUCGAGGGGGGCGUUCGCUCAGCUGUUGACAAGGUUUUAAUGGAGCUGAACCUCGGGACGGUUGACGAGUUCGCCCAAAGGAAGAAGGUCCUCGGCGUGGGGAUGCCAGGGGCGUUACGGGCGACGGUUGUCCGGCCAGUGGGGUGCAGUGUGUCGUUUACUACUGUUGAAGGAGGGAGUAGUGAUGUCUUUGAUGCGACCCUGUCCUUUUUCCUCCCAUCGUCCAGUUACGCCACGAUCUUUCUGCGUGAGGUACUGGGCUGUGACACUUGGUGGUGA